AUGUGCCAGCUUUGGACAAUGCCAGCCCUGCUGCUGCUGCUGCUCUGCUGCCCAUGGGCCAGUGCCAGUGCUCUGCGGGGUGAGAUUGUGGGGGGCCACGAGGCACGGCCCCACUCGCACCCCUACAUGGCAUACCUGAAGAUAGUAGAGCAUGGGUACUGUGGGGGCUUCCUGGUGGCCCCUGACUGGGUGAUGUCAGCUGCACACUGCCUGGGGAACACCACAGUCAUCCUGGGGGCUCACGACAUCUUCGAACCAGAAAAAUCCCAGCAGGUCCGAGGAGUGCUCAAGUACUACGAGCACCCUGAGUACAACCCCAUCAGCCAGGCCAACGACAUCAUGCUGCUGCAGCUGACAUCAAAGGCCACUCUCAAUGAAUACGUGCAGCCCAUCCCUCUGCCCAGGACUGGCAGCGACCUCCCCACGGGCACCAAGUGCAUGAUUGCAGGCUGGGGUCUGAUCGACGAGGACAGGAUCACCAGCAAGCUCUUUGAGACCCAGGUGUCCAUCUACAGCCGCAGGAAAUGCAGCCUCUUCUACCCACACCUGAAUUCUGGCAUGAUCUGUGCAGGCAGCUUCCACCAGCUGAGGGAUUCCAGCCAGGGAGAUUCUGGUGGGCCCCUGGUGUGCAAUAAGGUGGCACAAGGAGUUGUUUCCUUUGGCCAUGAUUCCCCACCCGGGGUCUACGCCCGCAUCUCCAACUACCUGCCCUGGAUCAGGAAAGUCAUGAAUAAGUAA